UUCUUAUCACAAAUAGAUCUUUCUAGAGAGAGAGUCAGCUAUCGUGAGAAGUUUAUUUGGCUGCUGUAGAGGGUAUUCUUCAGUGAAGAAAAGAGAAUAACAUAAUUACUUUCUGCAGCAGUCUUUUAAUUAAUAUCUCAAAGUUGAAGAUAAGAAAAAUGGCUGGCUCUUUCUCCAACGUUAAGCUUUUCUCUGCUGUUGUCGUCGACGGAAUCUCUAACGCUAUCUAUAGACGAGGAUACGCGGUGGCAUCACAAGGAGUUGUGUCGAACGUGGCUAGAGGAACAGGAGCAAGAAGUGGGGCGAUGAUGAAGAAGUCAGGAGAAGAGAAGGUGGGAUCAACUGAGAAGGUGUCAUGGGUCCCGGACCCCGUUACCGGUUACUACAGGCCUGAGAAUGGUGCCAACGAGAUCGACAUGGCCGAUCUACGUGCCACGCUCUUGAAGAACAAGAACUAAAUUAAUAAAUAAUAAUUAAAAAAAAAAAAUCAUGGUUCAACAAAGAAAUGGCCAAUGGAUGGGAUGGGUAUGAUGGUUAACCCCAAGAGCUGUUGAGGUGUCCUGAAAAUUUCAUCAUCUUGGUUGGAAGGAAAUUGUUGUCCUCUGUUUACAAGAGAAGAAUAUGUGAUUGUAAUUUGCCGUAUUAAACAUUUUUAAAUGCAAUUUUAAUAUUUUACUUCAAUUAGUAUUUGGCCAGGCCACAUUGGUUUGGUUUUUUUA